CACAAAGACAGCUUUGACAAACUUGAUUACAGCUGUUCUUAAUUGUAACAGACUCAACUACAGUUGCUCCUGAACAUCUGGUUCGUGACUAUACAUGCCAGCCUAGAUAAGCUUUAUAAAGCUGCAGAUCUUAUCGUUACAGAAAGCUGCGAGAAACCUUCGCGUUAAGACCAUUCAUAACAAUUUCAUUUACAUUACACACAGACGUUACAGGAUGUCAACAAAAGACUUUCCAAAAAUAAAAUGUGUGCGAGCACUGUGUCAGCAAGGGUCACAGAGUGACCAAGGAGCAGACUGUCAUGACGUGGACGACUCCCAUUGGCUGAACUGUGGGCUGGCGCCAAUCGCGACACCCAUGAGCUGCCACCCGCAGUACUCGGCUACUAGAAAGUCCUGGGGCAUCAACGCCUUGGGGACGUUGGCUGUCGAGGUGGAGGCUGAAGAUGGAACCGUUGGUGUGGGGGUGACGAUCGGUGGGGAGCCCGGAUGCUACAUCGUGGAGAAGCACUUGAGCCGGUUCGUUGAGGGUCAGGACCCACGUGACGUGGAGCUCAUCUGGGACCAGAUGUUUAGGGCCACCAUCAACUACGGCAGGAAAGGGCUGCCCAUUCAGGCAAUCAGUGCGGUGGAUCUGGCUUUGUGGGACUUGCUGGGAAAACUGAGGAAUGAGCCGGUUUAUGCCCUGUUGGGAGGAAAAACGAAAGAUCGUCUGCCAGUCUACUCGACCACCGGACGACCCGACUUGGCCAAAGAGCUGGGGUUUGUGGGCGCUAAAAUCCCUUGCUGCUAUGGCCCAAGCGACGGGGACGAAGGUUUGAAGAAAAACGUCGAGUACUUCAAAAACUGGAGGGAAAAAGUUGGUCCAGAUUUCCCGCUGAGUUUAGACUGCUACAUGGCGCUCACCGCGCCCUACGCUACGAAACUCGCGAAACAGCUCGAGCCUUUUGGGUUAAAAUGGCUGGAGGAAUACCUCCCACCCGACUGUUACCAUGGCUACAAGCAAGUCCGUGACAACCUGAAAGGCUCGUGCGUGAUGCUGACCACUGGCGAACACGAGUACACACGGUACGGCUUUCAGCAGCUUCUGGAAUCUCGCUGUGUCGACAUCAUCCAGCCGGACAUCACGUGGUUGGGGGGUCUAACUGAAGCCAGACGUGUCGUGGCCAUGGCCUCCGCCACCGACACACUGGUCAUCCCCCACGGGUCAAGUGUGUUCUCCUACCACCUGCAGUACGCGUUCACCAACUGCCCGCUGGCCGAGUACAUCAACAUGAGCCACAAGGCAGACCAGAUUGUACCAUACUUUGGUGGACUGUUUCCUGACGAGCCACUACCGAAAGACGGGUUUAUAGAUCUUCCGGACAGGCCAGGAUUCGGUGUGACGUUAAAGAAGGAGGGGCUAAGACGCCCUUAUGCCAGGACAGAACAAGAGUCCCUUCAACAGGCAUUGGCCAACAAAAAUAAACCACUUCCUUUAAAAGCUAAAUUCCCAUUUUAAUCAUUCCUCAUAAGCCAUUAAACAAUUCUACUCUCUGAUAUGGCAUUUCAUUCUUUUUACAAGUAUUGAAAGAUAAACUUCUUUUUCUGCAAACUACUGAAGAUUAUUCAUUUCAAAGUACUCAAAAUAUUGUAUUUGCACUACUAUAUACCAUUAAACUGACAUUUUCUA